AACCUCUUCCCCAUUGUUUCACCAUUGGAAUUUCUGAUUUUGUGAAUUCUUGCAGACUUGCAGUGAACUUGCGUCGGCGCAGGGUUAGUUCAGUUCUCCCGCUUAAUCUUAACUCUAUAUAUAGGAUGUCUAGUCAACAAAUGAAUGUUAUGGGAAAUGAUGAUGGUGGUAGUUCUGGAGAUGAGGCUCAUUUUGCAGCAAUGUCGACGUCUACGGUUCGAACAAGUGUUCAACGAAAGCGACAAAGAACUUCUAAGGCAUGCGAGACAUUUACUUUUAUCCCUGGGAAUCAGUUUGCAGAUAAUAUAUCAAGAGCACAGUGCAAAAACUGUCCCAAGCUUUAUGUGGUUGGUAAAGGUAUUUCUAAUCUCACUCGUCAUAGUUUUAAGUGUAUUGGACGUGCAAUUGAAGUGCCAGUGUCGAAUGUUGGAAGCUCAAAAGCAAUAGAUCAAAAUAGAUUUAAGGAGCUAAUGGCUAUGGCUAUCAUAAAACAUGGGUAUGAAUUUGCAAUGGUUGAGCAUGGUGGACUUCAGGAUGUGAUGGCCUACUUGAAUGAUGAUUUUAAGUCAUUUACUCGGAACACUGCUAAGUCACAUUGUUUGAAGAUUCAUAAGAGGGAAAAGGAAAAAUUGAAAACUAUCUUGAGCAAGGUUCCUGGCAGGCUUUGUUUGACUUGUGACUUGUGGACUUCUUGUGCUACAGAAGGAUACCUUUGUCUCACGGUUCAUUAUGUGGAUUUUGAAUGGAGGUUAAAUACUAAGAUCUUAAACUUCUGUCACAUUCCCCUCCACAUAGUGCAAUAGUUUUGUUUCUAGCUAUAUAUGAUUUGUUGAAAGAGUGGCAAAUUGAGAAGAAAAUUUUCUCAAUUACAUUGGAUAAUGCCAGAUGCAAUGAUGUUAUGCAAAGUUUGUUGAUCGAUAAAUUGAAAGAAGAUGAUGCUUUGGUAUGUGAUGGAGAAUAUUUUCAUAUCCGUUGUGGAGCUCAUAUUCUAAACUUGAUUGUGAAUGAAGGGUUAAAACAAAUUCGUGCUUUAAUAGAUGUAAUUAGGGAGUGGGUGAAAUAUGUCAAAGGGUCUGAAUCUCGAAUGAUUGUCUUUGAAGAUUGUGCAAAAAGAAGUAAUUGUUUGAGUUCUAAAGGAUUGUGGUUAGAUUGUCCGACUAGAUGGAACUCGACAUACAUGAUGCUUGAAAGAGCUGAGCUCUAUCGUCGUGCUUUUCAGCAUUUGAAGUUGGUUGAUAGGAAUUUUGAUCGAUUUUCGUCAGAUGUGGAAUGGGAGAAGAUCAAGAAAAUUAAGAAGAUUUUGAAACCUUUUGAUGAUAUCACUAACCUUUUUUCUGGAGUGCAUUAUCCUACUUCGAAUUUGUACUUUUGCAAUGUAUGGAGGAUUCAGAUGCGGCUAAUGGAGGCAUCUAAAAGUAUGGAUAGUGAUAUUCGAAAUAUGGGUUUAGCAAUGAAGCAGAAGUUUGAUAAGUACUGGGAUUCCUAUAGUAUGAUCCUCUCCGUAGCAGUGGUUUUUGAUCCACGGUACAAGAUGGAUUCUGUGAGGUUUUGCUAUGAGAAGUUGUAUGGGGACAAUGAUGUUGCUAAAGAAAAGUGUUGUGAGCUUCGAGGGAAGAUAUGUGAUUUACUGAAGUUGUAUGGUGAUCCUACUGAUCAAUCUCAAUCCCUUGCUGAGGAUUUUGCUGAAGAUGUUGACUAUGGAGAUGAUAUGGAUGUAAGUAAACAUGCUUCUCAUUUUUUAUGUUCUUUCAGCUGUGCUACUUGUGCUUGCCCUUGCUGAAUGCAAUUUUCCAGAUGUCAUAUGAGAUUGAUUCCACAGUAAUCAAUCUUAGUGGUAG